AUGGGUUCUCGACGGGAGGAUUCUGUGUCGUCUCAUAGCUUUGACGAACAACGUUGGGUCAUCCAAAUCAGGCAACAUCUUGACGAAGACGAGCUUGAAGAGGACGAUAAUGGCGUUCCAGUCUCCAUUUUCACAGUCCCAAAGCUCCUUUCCGCCAUUAAACCGGAGGCCUUCAAGCCCCAACUCGUCGCCAUUGGACCUUACCACCAUUGGAAACCAGAGCUCUACGAAAUGCAGCGCUAUAAGUUAUCGGCUGCUCGUCGAGCGCAGAAAAAAUGGCGAAAGUCGCAGAGCUUCAAGUUGCAGAGCGUGGUGGAUCAGAUAUCUAAAUUCGAGCGCAGGAUUAGGGCUUGUUAUCACAGGUACCUUGAUUUGAUUGGUGAAACCCUGGCAUGGAUGAUGGCUGUUGAUGCCUGCUUUUUGCUGGAGUUUUUGAAGGUCUACGGGCCGCCCAUUCAUGAAGGAGAGGGGAGAUCUCUUGUUAGGGUUAGCUCGAGGAUGGCACAUUUGGUUGAUUUCACUAGGAGGAAAUCAGCCCAUAAUGCCAUUGUUAGGGAUUUGAUGAUGAUGGAAAACCAGAUUCCCCUGUUUUUGUUGAGAAAGCUUCUUGAGUUAGAGAACAAUUGGGGUUCUAGUCGAGCUGAAGAGGCUUUGGCAGAAAUGGUGUCUGGUUUUUGUGCAGAGAUUUCACCAAUGAAAAUCAUGGCUUUCUCAGCCAGCGAGGUUGCAGAGAGUGGCCAUUUGCUGGACGUCUUGUAUAGGAUGAUGGUGCCAUGGCCUAAUUCAAAGGAGGAUCAGGACUUUGCUCAAGAUGAACCUGAUGGCACUGAACCAGAAAGCUCUGGGCCCAGCACUACUGGCCAUUGCCACCAUUUCCGCAAGCUCUUGAGCUCUCUACGUGCAUUCUUCUCCUCGAUACUGUCUUCCUCCCCAUUUCGUCAACUCCAAAGACUUCUCACCUCAAGGCCAUUGAAGCUCCUUCUCAAGCUUCCAAGGAUGAUCCUUACCAGUCUCCCCCUCUUCUCUUUCUUGAAAGCUCCAUUGGAGUUUCUUGUAUUUUCUGAUGAGAACAAUGACGAGGGGACCUCCUCAAACAAAGAGGCCUCGAUCUCAAAGCCCCCACUAAUGGAGGAGCUCCAUAUCCCCUCCGUCACCGACCUAUGCAAUGCCGGUGUCACUCUUUCUCUUGCCACAGGAGGCAUCUCCUCGAUCCAGUUUGACCCCAGUACAGGCUCUCUCUCUCUCCCUUCCAUCUCUCUGGAUGUUAACUCAGAGAUAAUUAUUCGAAAUCUCGUGGCCUUUGAGGCAGCAUCAGCUCCAGGUCCUUUGAUUUUCACCCGAUACACCGAGCUGAUGAAUGGGAUCAUCGACACCGAGAAAGAUGUGGCUUUGAUGAGAGAGAGAGGGAUUUUGCUGAACCGUUUGAAGAGUGAUGAAGAGGCGGCUGAAUUAUGGAAUGGGAUGAGCAGAUCAGUGAGGCUCACUAAGGUUGAGGGGUUGGAUAGAGUGAUUGAGGAGGUUAACAAGUACUAUGGGAGGAGGUGGAGGGUGGUGAUGGCUAAGUUUGUGAGAGAAUAUGUUUAUGGGUGGUGGAGGGGGCUCACAGUGCUGGCGGCGGUGGCACUGCUGCUGCUCACCGCGGUGCAAGCCUUCUGUUCUGUGUACAUUUGUAGCCGGUGGCUCUCCAUCACCGCCACACCGGUCGGGCGACCGUAA